AAAGACAAUCAUUACACGCAAGUCGUAGAUUGCCAAUGCCCUAUACUUCUGAAGGCGCGUCAAGUCGUCACCUCGUGUCAGCUAGCUUUCGCCUUGCCAGGCUCUGAGCCUCGCUGGCCCCCCAAUACGCUUAUCUCUUGUGGACUCUAAUAUGAUUGCGACUAAUGUGUGCUGUAUACAUACCUCUUGAGCACCUGUCCUUCGGAAAGAACGACGAGCAUGCGGUGUAUAGUCUUACGUCUUACGUACCUCGCAUUAUGGACACUUCUGGCUAGUUGCUAUGCGAAGCAAAGGGAUACGUCCAUCCGUUUUCUCCAAGAAACAGCACCUAGCCCUUGCGCGACGGAGUUAUGGGUAGCCAUGCAGGGACGCUUGGGCAACGCAUCUUCGCAGAACGACUGGGGCCCUAUCUUGGAUGACAUCCUUCAAGGUCCAGCUUGCAGGGACAUCGCUGCGAACAACACCAUCGUCAUCAGUUGGCUCCGUUACCCAGCUUGGUUCAACGGUCUGACAUGGAGGUGGAUCUCAGACAUGCGGGAAGACCCAGCCACGGCUCUUGUCCUCGAAAACACCGUUUUCGACCAGCCGGACGGUCUGCCCCAGCUGGGGGCCUUCACUAGCGGCAUCAGCAUGCGGGAUUACAUGGUGGUGCAAGACGGAGCCUACUCUGUCACCACACACGAUCUUUCUGGAGUGGCAGAAGCCACCACAUGGAACUACAUGAAGAGCAACAGUGCCAUGUUCAGCUCACCCGAGAACGUGUGUGUGAACAGCUCGAACCCCAGGGGUCUACUGCAUCCCAGGUCCUUCCUCCUCAUGUUCUAUCGGGCGGAUGCCCUAGCCCAGCUGCAGGCAUCCGGAUACAUCACGUCGAGCACCCCUCCGAGCGAUUGGGAAGGGCUCCUGCGCCUGCUAGCGGUGCAUCAAGCUGCGGUGAGCGCAUCUCCAGCUAGUAAAGCCACCAUCCCCAGCAGCAGCAGCAGUAGCUCCAGUGCUACCACCAACAACUCGACAGGUGUUGGGACGCUUCCAUCGUACGGGCUCUGCAUCACCACGCAUCCCGACUGCGGACGGUUAGGUGACGUACUUGCAGCCGUGGCAGCUAGCAUCGUACAAACGCAGGGUACGACACAGGGAGUAUACUGGGAUUUGUCCCAUGCACCGCCUUCAGCAAUGCCUCUUGUGAAUUCAAGUGGCUGGCAGUACGCAGCUAGCAUUAUCAGGCGAUUGCUGCCGUACAACGCACCAGAUGCGUACGACAGCGUCAAUGCCAGUACUUCUGCAACCAAGAGCGAUGCCAAUCGGGAGUGCACCGAUGUAAGCAAGCACUUUCUUGCUGCGGAUUGCAUGAUCACGCUCGAGUGGGACGCUGUGUUUUCUUCGAUAGCGAGCCUCAUGAGGCGCCCGGGUGUGGAGCUUGGCGUGGCACCGCUGCCUGGAAGUCGGAUCGUCAUGGACCGAAGAUCUGGCAGCACAACGAAUGGCAAUCUAAUAACGUGCACAUGGGAACUAUGCGCUGCGGGCGCCAACCACGACCUCCUAUACCUUGGUUCGGCUGAUGUUAGCAGCAGUGUCGAUGCGGGCAGAGAGGUCAGCGCAAUCGCGCAGGGCAUGAAUCCAGUAGCGCCGGUGGAAUUGGUUACCGUUAACGGUCAACCGAGUUACAGCUGCGACGUACAGGCUGUUAUGCAGUUGGAGGCUGCCGCGGCUGCCGAAGUUCUGACCAGCCAAGCGGCACAGCAGCAGCGAACCGCAGCUCCCGUCAACCGGGCACCAUACUCGGUCAUCCUGCAGAGUGUAGCACGAUACAGCACGCAAUCACCCAUAGACGGUGUGCCAGACGCCUCCAAGGUCCUGCAGGCCGUCAGCGCAGCCCUGGGCGCACGAGUGGUGGAACAGUACCAUCUUAAAAGCGGUGCAGCAACUGCUGCACGCCAGCGGCUGGGCUACCCUACUGCACCCGCUGCUGCCGCCUCCGCCGACGCCGCUGCUGCCUCCUCCGCCUCCUCCUCCAGCGGCACCCCGAUUGGCGACCCGCUACUGUUCGUGCGCACUCGGUGGUGGGUGGCGCUGUCGGAGCCGUUCAAUGUGAGCGCGUUCACCGCUGCUAACAUCAGCGAGAACUCGGCGCAGGCUUACAUGCGAGCCGUGUGGCAUGCGCUGCACUCGCCCAACGCUGCCACCGACGCUCCCUCACCCAGCUACGUGAACUUUGCCAAGUGGGGCCUGGGACACACCGCGCUACUGCUCGAGCCGCCGAAUGCUCUGCCAGCAUCCAAUGCAACAGGAGUAUUGGAGGGGACCUUCCUAAUGAUUAACGAAGCUUUCGGGUCUGCCCUUGUGCGGGAUUACUAUGCUACUGCCAUCAACAAUGUGUGGACCUCCCAAGCAGCACAAACCAAGAAAGCCAGCGGCUUCAGCACCCAGGACCUAGCCGCGCUGCUGGUCUGCCUGCUUGUGGCGGCGGCUGCGCUGCUGGUGGCGUUGCUGCUGCUGGUGCUGCGCAUGCGGAGGCACCACCGGGACCUGCUGGGGCGGGUGCGCGCGCCGCGGGCAGGGCCGGACACCACCCUGCUAAUCAGCGACGUCCAGAACAGCACUCGUCUGUGGGAGGAGCUGCCGGUAACUGCCAUGGACAGCGCCCUCAAGAUCCACCACGCCACCUUUCGCCGCGUGAUGGCCGAGCACGAUGGCUAUGAGUCCGCGACAGAGGGCGACUCCUUCCUAAUUGCCUUUCCGAACCCUGCAAGCGCCGUGGCCUUCUCCGCCGCCUGCCAGCUGGCCCUCCUGCAGCAGGACUGGCCGGCCGAGCUGCUGUCCCACCCGGACGGCGCAGUGGUGGUUGUUGACCCACGGGACAGCGCAGCGCAGGUGGUGGGCGCGGCGGCACGGCCGCAACGCGCCGCCGGGGUGGUCGAUCCGCGCUUUUGCCUGGCCAGCUUCAUCCGCAUCCGCAUCCUCGGGGUGUUGCUAGGCAGGGAGGUCUGCAGCCGGGGCCCCUUGGAUAAGGCGGCAGCAGUAGCCACCAACCCCGCGGCGGCAGCUCCGCAUUCUGAGCGAGCCAGCCGCGCUUCCCACCACUCAGAGGACAACAACCCCAACUACAUGCAAGACAGCCAUGAUUUUCGCAACAGCAGCAACUUAACCACCAGCCAGCGAGACAUGACUGCCUCCACGGUUGCCAUUGACGUGGGCGCGCACGCCGACAGCACCAGCACGCAGGCACAGGACCCCGUGACCUGGUCAGCCUCUGGGGACAAUGACCGGAACAGCCCGCACAGCGGGACAGGCGGUGCUGCAGGGCAGGGCGGGGGGACCGGUAUCUGGUGGCCGGGUGCUAGCGGCACCUGGCGUAAGAUUCUGUCGGCUGCGUUUCCAGUGGAGGCGGCGGCUGUGACAGCAGCCUCGCCACCGCUAUUGCGGCCUUGCAAGGCGACUGUGGACAAGAGAGUGAUCGCAUAUCGCGGCCUUUGUGUGCGAAUGGGCAUCCACACGGGCCUCGACGACCAACGCUACAUGGUGUUCAACAGGGUCGGCUCCUCCUACAAGUACUAUGGCCCCUUUGCGGAGACCGCCAAGCUCGUCAGCGACACGGCUCCCGGUGGGCUGGUCACCCUCUCCCUCCGCGCCUUCGCCCGCUUGCGCCACGGCGAGGCCGCACACGGCGCCCGCAACCGCCCCAGCAGCAGCGUAGUUGUGAUCUACGCGGGGCAUCACGUGUUGAUUGACGAGCGGGCAGCCGCCUCGGCCAUACCCUCACCCGCGCCGUCCCUCCCGCAACCAGGGACGGCGGCAGCCGUGGCGUCACCGUUCUCCGCCGCCGCUGCUGCUGCUGCCGCUGCCGCUGCAGCAGUAGCAGCCGCUGCGUCCUCCUCUUCAGCCACAGCCACGCCGACCACCUCCUCGACGCUCACGGCAGCACUAGCCGGCAAGGAGGUACGGCUAGAAAUGCCUUCCCUGGCGCCGCCCAAGCUGCAGCCACAGCAGCAGCCUACGGACAAGGCCCAGAGCCAGCAGGCACAGGCUAUGACGCUGGCACGGAGUUUAACCCGUGCGGGUUCGACACAGCCCCCGGGUUCCGCCGCCGCUCCUCCAUGCGGCUGCCCGGGUCCCGGAGAGGAGGUGGCGUUGUUUGUGGCGCUGCCGACGGCGCUGCUAUGUCGUCUGGCGCUGUCUGCACCGCUGCGCAGUGUGCGGGAGACGCAGCUGGGCAGCUUGACCGCACCUACCGGCACCGUGGCGAUUGCCUUCAUGAAGGUGGUGGGUGCCUCCACCCUGCUGGCCGACCUG